AGCAGGAGGGGCGGGGGAGGUUAAAGCCUAAGACACUUAAACUCCAGCGAGAUCAGCCUUCAACUGUCUGCCCGGACAUCACAUCUCAGCUGUCGGGGAAAGUAUGGAGCUCGAAAACUUCAGAAAUUUGAGGAUGAGAUGCACCGUGAGGCGGGACAUCAUCAGAGAGUUUCUGGCGGAAUUACUAGGGACAUUCGUACUAAUACUCUUCGGUUGUGGUUCAGUGGCCCAGACUAUUCUCAGCAGAGAAAAAAAAGGAGAAAAUCUCACCAUCCACUUUGGCUUUACUCUAGGGGUGAUGCUGGCUGUGUACAUGGCAGGAGGCGUGUCAGGUGGACAUGUGAACCCAGCUGUUUCUCUGGCUAUGGCUGUCUUGGGGAAACUCCCAUUAAAGAAAUUUCCUGUCUAUGUGGCAGCCCAAUUUCUAGGUGCCUUUGCUGGUUCUGGUGCUGUCUUCUGUCUGUACUAUGGUGCCUUCGCAAAUUUUGCUGAUGGAAAACAAAUUGUAGUUGGUGAAAAUGCCACAGCAGGUAUCUUUGCCUCAUAUCCACGUGAAGAUCUCUCAUUGUUAAAUGGAUUCAUUGAUCAGGUGAUCGGCACAGGCGCCUUGGUCCUCUGUAUUUUAGCCAUUGUAGAUAAGAAGAAUAUUGGGGCACCUAAAGGAAUGGAGCCACUGGUUAUUGGUCUGAGCAUCCUGGCUAUCGGAGUGUCCAUGGCGCUGAACUGUGGCUAUCCCAUCAACCCUGCCAGAGACUUGGGACCUCGGCUCUUCACUGCUAUUGCAGGAUGGGGACUAGAAGUGUUCAGUGCUGGAAAUGGCUGGUGGUGGGUUCCAGUUGUUGGGCCGAUGGUGGGCGGUGUGGCCGGGGCAGUGAUCUACUUCCUGAUGAUUGAGCUGCAUCACCCUGAGCUUGAGAAGAACCUUGAAGACGACAACAGCAUCAAAGAUAAAUAUGAAUUGAACACCGUGAACUAGAAAGAGAGGGAAAGUAUGGUAUCUUUUCCUUCACCAUAGACCUCAAACAAGAAGCACUGUUAUUUCUACACGCUCUCCUUCUCUGUCUUUUCCUCUAGAUCUCUUUUCUGAGUCUUUUGCCAAGUCAGUUCAUGAAACCAAGCAGCUAUGAAAGACAGCAAGUGUUAAUUAUCUAUAAUUCUAGCUUUUUCAGGUUCUUAACAAGUUUAACUUUUUUAAAGAUCACCAUUCCUUCUAUCUAUUCUAUAGAGCGAUCAACAGCAGAAACAGUAUUUUAUGUAAAGCAUCCAGAGUUUAUGAGUAUUUACCAUCAACACCACUGCCAGUAAAAGAUUACAGGUGCUAACAGAUCCUCCAAAUGAACAAUUCUGGAAUGUAUAUAGAGAUAAAGAUAAUCAUAAUUUUCAACUGGUAUCUCAGGUUUCCUUUUUUGUUUCAGUCAAUGCAGGUUGUCUAGCCUCAGCCAGAGAGUGUUAAACCACUCCAGCAUUGCACUUAUACUUUUUCCUUCAUUCCUUUGUCUAAUCCUACUACUGUUUAUCUUCAAGGAAUGUUCAUUUUCACAGACAUCUGACAACCCUAUAGCUUGCCAUAAGCAGAUGUUCUUCUCUCAGUAAAAUGAAGGAAAAGGGUACUUUACUGUCCACUCUAUUUAAUCAAAGAUGAACAGGCCUCCUUGUCUGUAAACGGUUAAGUCAGGACGAAACAAUACAACAUAUGAAUAGAUGAGCUACUAACUGCAUGCAUAACUGCUGAUAAGGUAACUCGCAUGAGGUAAUGGGAUGAAAAUUGCAAUGCAUGCAAAAAUGAAUUUACAACAAACUAUUACAUAUAAGCUUAAAAAGAAAUAAAUGUCUAUUUAUGCUACAAUGUGUCAAAAUGUUCAAGAAAAUUAUUGCAUCAGAACUUAUAGGAGCAGUAUAUUCGUAGCUGUUGUUUGUGUUUUUUGCCUCUUUUUAAGAACAUUAUCAUAGUAAUUUAUUUGUUGGCACUUAAGGAACUAAUAGCAGUUGUUUGUACAAUUCAAAGAGAUAUUUCAAUGUUUUUGUCUUUUCACCCUUAUUUAUUCUUUAUCCUUACCAUUUUAGGUUCAGAUUUUUUUACUUAUUCUCUCAUAAAUGAAACUUUUUGAGAUUAAUUACUGCAUUCAAAAUGUUGAAGAUAGUAUUGUCAUUCUGCUAAUGUAGACCUAAUACAAUAAAAUAAACAUACUGUUACUAAACAUACAUAUCUCAUGCCUGGUUUCCUGUGAAUGAGGAUUUAGACCAGAGCAGCCACUAGUUCCUAGAUAUAUCUGCAUUCUACAGUACUGCAUCACCGUCAGAUUCUUAUGCAACACCAUGCAGCCAAUCAGGG